CACUAGUGGUAUCUAGCUAUGCAGACAGUUUGGGCUUUAUUCGUCUUCUGCCUCCACUCCCAGUGCAACAGAGUUCUUAUUUGUAGUGCUCAAAGCAUCAAAAAGUUAUUUUUGGACUACAGCUGAGAAAAAAGGGGUUUGUCUCCUCCAGCUUAGGUAGAAAUGAAAACAUAAGAUUGUGUACAUCUGACAAAUGAUCUUUGCCAUGCUGUAUUUCUGGUCUAUUUCAGGGGUAUUCAUGGGGGUAAAUAUUAUCAUGCCUGCAUGUUAUCUGCUGAACAUGACGGUCACUCCAUUGCCAAAUCUCAACCACAACUGGUCUCCACAGUAUGUCCUCACUAGUGUUUAUACUGCACAGUUAGUUUAUGUUUCCUUAAUAUUAAAUAUGACGCCAGGGUGGAGAGCCUUUGUGUUCUUCAUGUACCUCUCACCAUGUGAACCGUCUCUAAAAGCAAACAUGUGAUCAAGUUUCCUUAUUAGGGCACACAGUGUCACUUCAAGUUAGCCAAUCAAACGUAGUCCUGUCUGUAAAGAGUGGAGUAACUGUCGACAUACUGUCAUUCAGCACAGACAUUUGAACACGAUGACAUCUCCAAACUUUGUUUUCUAUCUGACAUGUCUGUUCUUGGGGGAAAUGGCACAGGUGACCAAUCUGAAAUUGUCCUCAUCUGUGAACCAAGAGAGUGGUUUUCUAUCAGUUAAUGUUGGGGAAAAGCUGUCUUUACAAUGUUUCUAUGAAGUUGAUGUUUCAUCAUAUCUGUACUGGUACAAGCAAACUCUGGGACAGAAACCAAGGCUCAUCUCCACCUUCUAUGUGAAUGAGAUAAAUGGUACUUUUUAUGAUGAAUUCAAGAACAAUCCUCGCUUCACACUGGAUACUGAAAACGGUAAAAAUCACUUGACGAUUUCAGAGUUACGUCUUUCAGACUCAGCUACUUACUACUGUGCAAGUAGUAUAUCAUACAAAUUUGAAUUUGCAGAAGGAACUGUUGUCAGUGUAAAGGGUUCAGGUUUGAACAUCCAAGCUUUGGUCCAUCAGUCGGCAUCUGAGAGCAUCCAGCCAGGAGACUCUGUGACUCUGAACUGUACAGUACACACUGGGACCUGUAAUGAUGGAGAACACAGUGUUUACUGGUUCAAAAACUCUCAAGAAUCUCAUCCAGGAAUCAUUUACACUCAUGGAGGCAGCAAUGAUCAGUGUGAGAGGAACAACAACACACAAACACACACCUGUGUCUACAACUUGACAAUGAAGAGUCUGGAUCUUUCUCAUGCUGGGACCUACUACUGUGCUGUCGCCUCAUGUGGACAGAUACUGUUUGGAAACGGGAUCAAGCUGGACCUGUGUAAUAUCUCUUUAUGUCUCUCUGCAAAUGAGGUAGACUCUGCUGUCUUGGUGUAUUUCUUGAGUGGAGCUUUGGCGUUCACCACCAUCCUCAGUAUUUUACUGGCUUUCUCAGUGUGUAUGAUGAACAUGAUCAACAGCUUCCAAUCUGCAGAGUCUCAAGAAAGAAUUUCAGCUUCCUCCACAGUCAAUGCAAAGGGUUACAAAGACGCAGACAACCUGUAUUAUGCUGUUUUAAGUGUGAACCUGACCAACAGACGAAGAAGACAGAACCAAACCUGGAGUGAAUGUGUGUACUACAGCGUAAAGUAGUAGAACUGGACAUGUUUCAUUUGUACUUUGUGCAUAAGACAUUAUAUUGUAGAAUCUCUUUGAAGGUGUAACAUGGAUUUAGUUGAAAGUUUGAAAGAAAUAUGUUUUAUAGUUUCUUAAUUCUCUUGCUCUGCUUUAGUAUUUUUAGGAUACUCUACUUUUUGUCUUAGUAGUCUUAAGCAGAAUAUCUGCACAGCUUUGUUUCUUGCAAAUACACUGUGUAUCUCAUGUUAUUUUUAGUACAUACUGUAUGAAUAUAAAGAUUUUUGUGUCUUAACCAGUAAAUCAUUUGAUCUAUACUGUAGAAGAUACUUGU